UGGUGGCAUUGCUGCUUCAGAUGCUUUUCUGACUUUUCCGGAAAAAAAGAAGCCGCAGGAUUUCUCGUUGUCGUGUCAGUCUCCGACUUUCAUGAGUUUUUAUGAAUUACAAUAAUUCUCAGUAGGUUUUUAUAACUAUUGUCGGAGCUAUCGUUUUCGGUGGGUAGCUACCGCCCUUACAACACAAUCUUGGCUGGAAUCGCCGUUGACUACAAGGCAGGCACGCAAUAAGGCAAGACUAAGAGUCACAAGAGAUUGAAAAUGCCCCAACAAGUGGAGAUUGUUCGAUCCGAAGACGAACUCGGAAAGAAGUGGGACCGAUGUCUUUCUGAUGGACUUAUCAAAGUCGGAGGUGGUGUGGCCAUCGGAGGACUUCUCUCCUUGUUGUUCUUCAAAAGGAGGGCAUGGCCAAUCUUGUUCGGGACUGGUGCGGGCUUCGGGAUGAGCUAUAGCAACUGCCAGAAUGCUUUUCACAAUCCUUAUCAAGCGGGGCCGGUGCGGAGGAAGCCGGUCGCCGCUCCUCCGUCGCCAUCUACGGUCUCCUUACCGAAGCCCUCGCAGCCUGUUCAUUCGGCUCUGGAAUCGCAUCCUCCUCAAUUUAGUGAUCAAGAGAUGAAAGAUACGUCCACGAAGCCCGCUGUACCGAAGAAACAGUAGUUGACUAAUUAUUGGUUACUGUGAGCGUGCAUUUGAACUUUUGAUGUUAUGAUCGGCAGAUAUGUUUCUUCAGUACGAGCAUACAUUUCUCCAGUACGGGCAUACGUAAUUAUUUAUAUGGUCAUGAGUUGCAGGUGUGCUAAUGUGGAAUGCAGCAUUUUGGAGAGCAGUCCAAAAUAGUUUAGACUGGCUGCUGGUUUAUGUUAAUUUUGUUUGAUUCAAGACUUUUCGAUGUGAUCUGAAGGCUGUGAACCCAGUAAAUUACUGAGUUCUGGCGGCAGUGACAUCGUGUGUGUAAUAAAAUGAAUUGUUGCGGA